GCGUGUCCUGGAAAACCGCGUUCUGUUGAGCCAGUAGACAGGCUGGGAACAUCUGGAAAGACCUAGAGAGGCGAGUGAAGGAAACAAAGCUUAGGAAAUUUGUACCCAACUUCAGUAAAGGCCCAAAGUUUAUUGAACAGUACGUUCAUUUUGGUUUCAGAUGCACUCGUGUAUUCAUGGUAGAAAUUGUUCACACACGCACGCCCAGCCCCAGGCCACGGUUUUUACCUCACCUGAUCAUGGCUCUACACUAUCCCUACUUGCCCAAAUGAGUCACAUAUGAUGGUCCUGGACUCCUCCGAAAAGCGCGCCGGCUGUCGAGACUUCUGGGAAAUGGAGUCCGUGCGAAGACCCCCACAUUGAUUGGAGCCCACAGGCGGAAGACCAUUGCGCAGGCGCACUGCCUUCCCGGCCCGAGGCGGUGCGGCGUUCGCAGGUUCCCAGCACUCUUUUGGAAGGACAGCGUAGGAGGGAAUGGCUGCUGUAUCUCCACCUACUAGUUGCCAGACAUUGGUGACAUUUGAAGAUGUGGCUGUGACUUUCACAGAUGAAGAGUGGAGGCAUCUGGUCCCUGUGCAGAGGGCACUCUACAAGGCAGUGAUGCUGGAAAACUAUGAGAGCAUCAUCUCACUGGGGCUUCCCGUUCCUCAGCCUGAUGUGAUUCUUCAGUUGAAGAAAAGGGACGAGCCACGGACACAGGGUCUUCAUGGAUCUGAGGAGAAAGAAUGGCCAGAGAGCAUCUCUGGAGACCAGGAGACUCAGCCAGAGAGCCCAGCUGCUUCAGAAGGAACGCUGGGAGAAAGCCAUAGAAGGCAAAGUCCUCUAUGUCCUAAACCUAAAGUUCAAACACUAGGAGGUGGGUCAGAACCAGCAAAGGAAAGUCUUGAAGCAGAGACUUGCAAGAAACCCCUUUCCCUGGACAAAAGCUUGCAGUGCAGGACAACCCCAUCCAAGAAAACCCUCACGAAACAGCAAGACCAGGAAUGUAGUGACUGCGGGAAGACCUUCUUUGACCAUUCGUCCCUCAUCCGCCACCAGAGAACUCACACUGGAGAGAAGCCCUACGACUGUCCUGAGUGUGGGAAGGCCUUCAGUCACAGGAGCAGCCUCAGCAGACAUCUGAUGUCCCACACAGGAGAGAGCCCGUACGAGUGCAGUGCGUGUGGCAAAGCUUUCUUUGACCGAUCGUCCCUGACCGUGCAUCAGCGGAUUCACACAGGAGAGAAGCCCUUUAAAUGCAGUGAGUGCGGCAAAGCCUUCUUUGACCGCUCAUCUCUUACCCGCCACCACAGAAUUCACACCGGGGAGAGUCCCUAUGCCUGCCAGCAGUGUGGGAAAGCCUUUAGCCAGAAGAGCAUUCUCACUCGUCACCAGCUGAUCCACACUGGCAGGAAGCCGUACGCAUGCCGUGAGUGUGGGAAAGCGUUCUACGGGGUCUCUUCCCUAAACAGACACCAGAGGGCGCACGCUGGGGAGCCGCACCACCAGUGCAGCGAGUGUGGCAAAGCUUUCUUUGACCGCUCUUCUCUCACGCAGCACCAGAAGAUACACACUGGAGACAAGCCGUAUGAGUGCCGCGAGUGUGGGAAGGCCUUCAGCCAGAGGUGCCGGCUCACCCAGCAUCAGAGAGUUCAUACAGGGGAGAAACCCUUUGAGUGUAGUGUGUGUGGAAAAGAGUUCAGCUUCAAGUCCUCAGUUAUUCAACAUCAGAGGCGUUACGCCAAACAAGGGACAGAGUGACCAGGGGAGAAGCGUGAGCUACACAGAGGCUCUCCCUGUCACCUGCAAGCCCAGCAUUUGCUCGUUCUGCCUACUGUGGCUGCCAUCGUCCCACCUCUGCUCCGCAGUGUCUGAGUAAACAGCGUGCCUACUGCGCUACAGAACUAGCGUGCAGUGCAGAAGCUGAAAGAUGAGCCUCCAGAUUCAAAAUGGCGGACAGAGGCUGGGUGUCGCUCACGAGGGAAUACCACCUAGUGUGCACGGGGCCCUGCUGUUGGGUCCCCAGCACUGCCAGCGAAGGCGGGAUGGAAGUUAGAAGGGGAAUUUGCAGAGUUACUUUGAGGAUGUAGGCCCGGUAUCACUGCACUUGAAAUAACUGCAGGCUAUCACAGGAGGGGAAUGUCACAGUUAUGGGCGAACACCAUUUUCUCCAGAAGUUUCUAUAGUUUUUGGUCCUUUUGAAGCUUUUGGAACACAGGCCUUGUUGUCUCGUGCCCUAGCGUUUAACCCUCCUAGUACUGGUGGUAGUGGUAGCACUUACUAAGCACUUACUUUGGGUAAACACUCAGCAGAGAAUUUUAGGAGGGCUGGACUGACUGACCCUCUAACUGAAUCUGUGAGACAGGCCCCUCUGCUGUCUGACUCUCACAGAGGAGCACAGUGAAAUUUGCAGAGAUUAAGUUAUAUGCUCUGGGUGACACAAGGUGAAGGCAGGUGUCUUAGUUUUCUAUUGCUGUGAAGACUCGAUGACCAGGGCAACUUACAAAAGAAAGCAUUUCAUUGGGAGCUUGCUUACAGUUCCAGAGGGUGUGUCUGUGACCUUCAUGGCAGGGAGCAUGGCAACAGAUAGGUAGGCAUGGUGCUGGAGUAGUAGCUGAGAGCUUACAUCUGGUCCACAAGCAGCUGGCCAAGAGAUGGGGAGACACAGACAGACAGACAGACAGGCAGGCAGACAGUCAGUCAGACAGUCACGCUGAUCUUAGCAUGGGCAUUUGAUACUUCAAAGCCCACCCCCAGUGACAUAGCUGCUCUAUCAAAGCCACACUCCCUAAUCAUUUCUAAACACUACCGACUGAGAAGCAAACAUUCAAAUAAAUCUAUGAGCCUGUGGGGCACGUCUCAUUCAAACCAUCACACGCCUCUCAGUUCCACUCAACUGGUCCUCAUGCUGUGAAACAGGUCCUUUUGCUAUGUGAAGCUUCAACGGUGUGCUUCUAACAUACCCUAGACAACACAAGGUGAAACAAGGUCUUUGGUAUGGGUCUGCCUCCAGUGUUUCUACUAUAGUUUGCUCUUAAAUUUUUGUCUCAUAAUUUAUAUGCCCGAAUUAUCGUCUGAACUGGAUUGUAAGCACUUAGAGGUGUGAUUUAAAAGAUCUCUAAAUCUUACACCGUGCCUUGCAAACUUUAGGUGUUCAAUAAAUGUUUAUCUAAAUUAAUACCAAGGUCUCUGUAUUCAAAACCUGCUUGGGUCCACCUCCUUUCUGAGUUUUUACAAUCCAGCCUAUCGCAUCCCAGGAGUCACUUCCCAGUUCUAUUUCUUCAUUGCUCAAGAAACACUUACUAAGCUGUAACACAGUAACAAAGAAGCCUCCAGAUAAACAAAGACCUAUGUAGCAGUCUGUCCAUUCAUUCUGUACCACCUGGGACCCACACAUCACCACAAAUAAGGAAGAGAAAGGAUAUUUUUAUCAUCUAGGUGGCAUUCUGAUCACUUCUAGGGUCAGAAUCCACACCUGAAGGCUAGGAACACAAGCAGGCACCUUGAUAUCUGAGUAACACUAGAAGCCACUGUCAAAGUUACAUUUUGCACAUCAUUUAGCUUAAUAUUUCCACAUGGCCCCUCUCUGCCCAUUAUUCCAGAUCUAAAAUACUAGUUAUUGAAUGAAAUAUCUCUGAUAUUUAAAUUUUUCCUUAAUACACUCCCCCAUCCCCAAAUUUCAGAUCCUGGGUGUUGCAGGAUAUUUGAUCACAAUGUGAAACUCCUGAGACUGUGUUAAUAAAAUUAACCUUGGAUUAGGGGGCAGAGCAGUGCCUAGUUGACAAGAAUUAGCCAUAGAGUAUUUGGAGGACCUGGUAAGAUGGAUAGAGACACAUACAGGAAGGAGUAGGGAGGGACUUAGAGAUUCAUGGUCCUUUUUGGCUUUGGAUGAUAUUGAAAGAAGCUCUCUUGCUGGGUCUCUGGCAAAAAAGAGAGGUCAGCUGGUUGCUUCUUUGAUCUAGCAGGUUUCCAGUCCCAGUAUCUGACUCCUGAAUCUUUGUUGGUAAAUAGAACAACUUACAUAAAAACAACACCUGAGUACCCAAAGCCAUCUAUUUCCUAAGUGAAGCCCUGUAUUUUUGUUGUAUUAAAUGUCAGGUAUGAGGAAACCUCAA